AUGGCUUCCGCUGCGCGCCUCUCCCUCCUCUUCUUUGUUUCCGCUGUAAUCCUUUCCGGCGCUGCCGCGCAGCAGGUCAAUGUUCCGGUGACGGUGCAGUGCCUGAACGUGCUGGAGAACAACCAGAUCCUCAACGUUCCCGGAGCCAAUGUGGGCGUCAUCCAGGUCAUCGCGGCGGCUCUUGGCGGCGCCGGCCAGGCCCCGUCCGCGCUGUUCUUCAACAGCGGCAGCAGCACCAACAACUGCACCAACAACCAGAACUUCAACAGCAACUCCACGUGCAGCUCCGCCAUUGGCCCCGUCAACCUGGGCGUUCUCGGCCAGGGCACUCUCACCCCCUGCUACACCGAGCCCCCCGCAGGCGGCCGCAAGCUGCUGCAGCAGAUCAACGUCCCGGUUACGGUUCAGUGCUUGAACCUGCUGGAGAACAACCAGAUUCUCAACAUCCCCGGACUCAAUGUGGGCGUCAUCCAGGUCAUUGCGGCGGCUCUCGGCGGUGCCGGCCAGGCCCCAACUGCACUCUUCUUCAACAGCGGCAGCAGCACCAACAACUGCGUCAACAACCAGACCUUCAACAGCAACUCCACGUGCAGCUCCGCAAUUGGCCCAAUCAAUGCUGGCAUUUUGGGUCAGGGCACUCUCAUCCCCUGCUACAACACCCCCGCCACCCCCGCCCCCACCGCCGGCGGCCGCAAGUUGCUGCAGCAAGUGAACGUGCCGGUUACCGCCCAGUGCGUUAACCUGCUGGACAACUCCCAGGUUGCCAACAUCCCCAACGCGGUCGUCCAAGUGAUCGGAGUGAUUGCCGCAGUGGCCGGCGGAGGCGGUCAGACCCCGUCUGCCAUCUUCUACAACAGCGGCACCUCCACCAACAACUGCCAGAACAACCAAGAGUUCACCAGCACCAGCAACUGCUCUUCCGCCAUUGGACCCGUCAACGCUGGUGUUCUCGGCCAGGGAACUCUGAUCCCGUGCUACGGGUCUUAG